GCGGCCGCCUCGAAGCGGCGCAGCGACGCCGAGUGUGAGGUCUACAAGGCGAUCCAGAACGGCCCCACCAACCACAUCCUGGGCGGCCACGAUGCCCGGGACGAAGAGUUUCCGCACAUGGCCGCCCUCGGCUACCAGGUGCCGGGCAAGGGGGAGCUCAGCUGGCUGUGCGCCGGCUCCCUCAUCAGCGACCAGUACGUGCUGACGGCGGCGCACUGCUGCAACAACAGGGACAGACCACCGCCAGUCAGGGUGCAGCUGGGCACCGCCAACCUGAGCUCCUCCAGGGCCAGCAGCUCGCGCUACGGCAUCAGCGACAUCGUCAUCCACGCCGGCUACUCCAGGUCCUCGUACAGGGCGGACAUCGCGCUGCUCAGGCUGGACAGGAGGGUGCCGUUCAGCAGGACCGUCUCGCCGGCCUGCCUCUACACCAGCAGCGGCGACCCGCCGGCCGCUCUCACCGUCACCGGCUGGGGAGCCACCAACCCCCUGGGUACAAAGCAGAGUCGAGUUCUGCAAGAGGGCACCGUCCGGUCACUUCCCUUCUCACGCUGCCAGCAGUACAGGCAGAGGUUCCCAGAAGGCCUCGAUUCUUCUGUUAUCUGCGCUGGUGAUCCACAAGGAGUGGUUGCCAUCUGUGACGGUGAUUCUGGGGGUCCCCUCCUUGCAAAAUAAGACACCUUUACCUACUCGAUCGUCGGAAUAACCAGCAUAGGACCCAGUCCAUGCGGAGGAAACAUCCCGAGCCUGUACACCCGUGUUUCCAGCUACAUUGACUGGAUAGAAAAAUACGUCUGGCCAUAGAAUCAUUGGUUCUUCUGUAUGGUUCUUUAUUGCAACUCAGGACAAAUCUUUGGACUUCUUCAGUGAUACACCGUUUGGGAAAACGAUUGGAAGUGUGAAUAGCAGUCCUCUAUUGUGAACUGUAACAAUAAGAAGCCUGUUUACUUGUGGCUGUAAUAAUCUGCUUGUCAGAGCGAGAUCAGUCAGUCAGUCACAUAGUUGUAGUAUGUGACGCCUGUGUGUCAAUGAGUUGUUCAAUGUGACAUAAGUUUUUCGUAACAAGUAGUUUAUUUUUAUUUAUUUUUUGAAAGUGGAUGUAUGUGAAUAUGAAUACCGAAACAGUAUUGUGAAAAUUUUCAACUCGCAUAUAGUUAGUUCCAUUGGCCGAUAAAUAAAAAUGGUUGUACGUAAUUUGAGUGAAGCAGAUGAAACUUACUGAAGAUGUGUGUAGCAGAAAUCUUUUGAAUUAAGAGAGACUGAAUAUCAGACUCUUUUUGUUGUUUUUUCACGUACUGUUGAUAAAAGCACCCCCCCCCCCCCCCCCCGUAACUAGAGAAGUUUGAGUAAUUGUGGCAGAUGUUCUUAAUUCAGUAGUGGCCCGCUAUACUAGUGUGAAUCAGUGGCAUGAAUCUGUGACUAGCUGUCUUCGUGAUUCUACAGAUAAUUUCCUGGUUUCAGGGAACACUCUGACCAGCUCAGUUUUAGUUGCCUUUAAACUUAAUUCUCUUAAUGUGCAAGAAACUUAUUGCCCUUUUAUUAUAAUACUCAUAAAUUAAUGAUUAUGUCAGAAAGAGAUUAAACUCUCACCUUUUUGUGUAGACUGCAACGACACCAAAGGAACUGAAUUUUUAUCCUAUAAUUAUGUACAUACUAGAGUGUUACUCUUUUGUAGAUAUUAGUGUCAUACGCUACCAGUAUUAUUUAUUUAUGCAAUUGU